CCUUCACUUUUGCGGCGUCAUCUUAUAAUGAUACUAUAUUUCCAAGGAUUACUGGUUUCGAGACCAGUUUCUUGUUCAUGUCCUCACGAUAUUAUUUCAAUUUGACAUAUGUCAGUAUUGUAUGAUAAUGACGAAGUUGUUUUACCUACUAAUAUUACAUCCAUUGAUUUUAUAACCGUUAAAAAUCGUAAUCUUUGUGCUGACGACAAAACAAAUAGUAAACGAUGCCAUGGAGCUCCCCAGUUGCAGAGUCCGAGCGAGGCGUGGGCGCGUGGGCGCGGCGCUGGUGGCGCCCCCUGCUGGCCGAGCUGGUGUCCACCGCGCUGCUCGUUCUCCUGGGUAUAGCGGCACUGCUGCCGGUCGGCGGAGCCGAGGCCCCGCUCACACAUCCCGCCCUCGCCUUCGGCUUCGUGGUGUUGGCCAACGCGGAAAUUUUCGGGCCGACGUCAGGGGCGCACAUGAACCCGGCGGUGAGCCUCGCCGCGUUGGUGGCGGGCCAGCUGCCGGCCGCCGCGGCUGCGGGGUACGCGCUGGCGCAGCUCGCAGGCGCAUUGCUCGGGUUCGGUGCGCUACGGGCGAUGACGCCGCAAGCGGCGGGCGAGGGCGCCACACACCCGGCGGUGUCGUGGGCGGCCGCCGUGGCCGUCGAGGCGACGCUGACGGGAGUGCUGGCGAUGGUAUGCUGCGCGCUGUGGUCCGCGCACGACGCCAGCCGGCCCGACCGCACCGCUUCCCUUAAGGUCGGACUCACCGUGGCCGGACUUAUCUAUUCCGGGGGCCAUCUGACGGGGGCCAGCCUCAACCCGGCGCGCAGCUUCGCGCCCGCGCUCUUCCAGGGCCUCACGGCUGACCAUUGGGUGUACUGGGCGGGCCCGCUGGGCGGCGCGGCGCUGGGCGCGCUGCUGCACCGCGCGCUGCUCGCCCGCUCCGCGCCCCGCCCCGCCGCCCACCACAUCGCGCGCCCUGACGAGGCGCUGCCACUGAACGACAAGCCCGAGCCCUAGCCAACAUCAACCUUAACAAAAUGUUCGUCUGUCUUUUGGUGCAACAUGUUGUAUAAUUUUAGGGGCCAUUCUUUAAUAACGUAAGUUUCUCGAGAGUAAAGCUCCACGUGCCGCUGUGUAGGUGCGAAGGUGGUAAACCAAUUCUAACGUUUUAUUUUUUAACAUUUGAAAAGCGAAAAUUUAACGGCAUCUAAGAGUAAGCGAUACUUUGUUAAAAAGAACUUUUAACUCAUGUAU